CCAAGGGCAAAAAUAACCCCCAGGGGUUUACCCGCCAUCACUGCUUAGGCUGUAAUCGGGUUUUUAUUUAUACCAGUCAAUAUCGCAGUCCAGAUGGACAUCGUUCUAUCCGCAGAAUUCUGUUAUGUUCUUGGAGAAGCGGUCUGGGAGCAUUAAGAUAUCUAUCUGCAAGGUAUCCCCUCGCUUCAGCUACUUUCCAGCCACCGUCUUGUUCUGCUUGGCAGCAAUACUCGGUGGGAAGGCCAGUCUGUUGAAGUGGCUCAUAUUAUCCUUUCCACCACUACGCAAGCAUCUACUGGCAGCUUGUGGGCUUAAAACAGGCUCUCAAAACUUUUAAAUCCUUAACCAGACGGAACAUCAGCUCCAUCUGACUGAUUCAUUAUCUUCCCUUGAUAACUUGAGUACUUCAGCUUUUAC